AUGAGAGUAACAUGGACAAAAAGUAAUAUGAUAUGGAGGACCUUUAGUAAGAUGAAUGGUGAACAGGAGAUAACAAAACAUAAAGAACUGAUGAACCCUUUAAUUGUAAAAAGAGGGUAUCAUACAAUUAUGAAGAGGAGAAUAAUACGUAAUGUGCUUAAUAUAGGAAAUAAAAAAGAGAAGAAUUUGUUAAAUUUUAUGACAUUAUUUAAUAUAAAUUAUAAUUAUCGAAAUAUUUGUAAUAUGAGUAGAAAAAGAUUAAAUAAAGAGAAGGAUUUUUUUGAAGGUGAGCAUUUAAAUAGACAAUUAGGAGGAUAUGGAUAUCCUAUGAUGUUUAUUGUAACAUAUGAUAAACCAAGUUGGCAACCUUUUUGGGAAAAUGAUUGUGAAGUAAUACCACGUGAUGAAUUUGGAGUACCUGCGACUAUACCUCCUGAAGUAUCUACAAAUAUAAAACAUACAUAUUAUGUACCACCACAAUUUUAUACAUUUUUGAAAAAAUUAGGAGAUGAUACAGAAGAAUUAAAACCAUAUAUGAUCAAAUUAAUAAAAGGAGAAUUUACAUAUGAUGAUUAUCAAGAAAUGUUUUACAAAUUUGCAAAACCUUUAAAAAUUUAUAGAAAAAAAAUACCCCUACCAUAUAGAACAACAGAAGAAAUAUCCAAACAAGAAGAAAUGAAAUGGCAAUCAGCUUGGUAUACAUAUAGACAAAAGGUAUUAGCUGAAUAUAAUGUAACAAUGAAUUUAAGAGAAUUUAUUUUAUAUAUGACAGUUGGAUUAUAUUUUUCUUAUUUAUGGUUAGAUGCCUUAAGACAAUAUCGUUUGGACAUGAAACUAUUUUAUCUUGAAGCCCCUGAGCACAAAAUUAAUUGGGUAAAACCAAGAGGAGACUUAGUAUAG